AUGAUCUUCUGUUCUCAUAUAAUUCCAUUGACACUUCACCAUCAUUUGAAACGAUCUGUUGUUAAUCUUUUUAAACAACCAUGGCGUUUUUUUGGUGGAAUAGAUACCUCACCCUCCAAUAUAAUGAGAAAUGCACAAGUUCAAACUAUAUAUACAGACACCCUUAAUAUACCUAAUCAAGGUCGAUUAGAAGUUCGAUGUCCAUUUAAUCUUCAUAUAGCACCAAUUCAGUCAACAGAUUUUCCUAGACUUGAUAAAGCUUUUUUUACUAUUUAUGGUGAUAGUGGUUUUAAAUUUUCUAAAGAAACAUGGAAUAAGUUAUUUAAAUUUUCUACAGUAUUUAGUUCGGAUAAUCGAACUCUUCGUGUUACAGGUGAUUUUACCGAAUCAGGUGAAAAAGAACUGAGUGAACAAGCUCAUACAUUAGAAGUUUAUUGUCAAAUUCCUCCACAUUAUGAACUCGAUAUAAAUUGUAUGGAUAAUAAUAAUGUUAAUGUUGAACAUCUUCAAAGUCCUCGUGUUCAUAUUCAAACAAAACGUGGUGAAUGUUCAUUAAAAAAUAUAAUUGCAGAAAGUAUUGUUGUACACAGUCAAACAGGAAAUAUAAAAUGUUUAGGUUCAUUACAUGGAACAAUCGAUUUAAGUACGGAAAGAGAUGGUAUAAUACAAGCAUCGAAAUUACAAGGACAAAAUGGAAAUUUUCGUUUGGGAAAUUUACAUGGUCAUGGAAUAGUGGAUUUAAAUAGCGGUUCAAUAAAAAUAGCAUCAAUUGAGGGUGAUAUUAGUCUUCAAUGUGAAAAAGGUAAUGUGAAUGCUUUUUUUUCAUCGACAAAUUUAUCAACAAUACGGGUUCAACAAGGUGACGUUCAAUUAGGUAUUGUUGAUACGAUGGGUAUUCGCUUAAAUCUUGUUGGUAAACGUGUUCAAAUAGCAGAAGAUGCUGAACACUUUCAUACAGAAACAAUAAGAAAAGGAGGAAUUGUUCAAGUACAAGGUUUUAUAUCCGAUGAAUCAGCUAGUGCAUCAAUUGAUGUUAAUGCACCGAAGGGUACUGUUCAAGUCCAUCUACGAGAUUGGUUUUCAACAUUAAAACUUGAUCGACAUGUUGAUCAAUAA